AUGUAAAAUGACAGGAACAGACCAUAUAACAUAAAGCAUUAAGCCUAAAAAUAUUUUCCAAGUCCCAGAAAUUAAUUACUACUAUAUUGAAAUGCGUAGAAUUGGCUGAAACAUUUGGGCAAUAUGCACUGUAUAUCUUUGAUUUGGGUGAAUUGCAUUUUAAGCUAGCAUGAAAUUAAUUGACAACUUGUGUAGCAAAAUACAACUGAGCUUGAAGAAACCGUUGAAUAAGGACCCAAGUUCGAGCAUUGGAAUAAAUUCUGAGGAAACAAGCAUUGAAAAUUUUAGAGGUCCAGUUUCAAUGGAGAAGCCGCCAUUUUUUCCGGAGUCUAGGAACCCAGUAGAGGAAGGCCAGCAAUCUGCAGUUCCCGAUGAUUUAUUGUCUGACGGUUGUUCUUCUAGUUCAACUCAGGUGAAGAAAAUGAAAGCAAGCCAGAAACUAAGAGAUCUUCAAUGGGGAUAUCAAGUGAUCAACUCUUCAAGUCUAGACCUGCAUAGUAUCUCCUUCUAUCUUUCUCAGCCAGCAACAGGUUGUCAUCAAGAAACGGAAAAUUCCAUUAAAUUAAACAUAUCAAAGGAGAGUCUUUCCCAUUUCUCUGACCUCCUUGUGCUCUUGAAAACAUCAAAAUGUACUCAAGCUUCCUUGAGAGACUUGGAGUUCCACCAGGUUGAAUGGGAGUUGCAGCAAGUGAGAAAUCUCAGAGUUUUGCUUGAAAAUAGUUCCAGCAUUAAGCAAUUAGUCUUUAAGAGAAACAGGUUUACUGCACAAUGCUUAUCUGAGCUUUCAGAAGUUCUAAAGAAGAAUGGAGUGAUCAAGGAAAUAAUGCUGUCAGAAUCAAAUAUUGGUCCCAUUGGAGCUUCUCUUCUUGCUUCAGCACUUAAGGUGAACGGAAGCUUAGAAGAGUUGCAGAUAUGGGAAGACUCUAUUGGCUCAAAGGGAGCAGAGGAGCUUUCCAAAAUGAUCGAAGUUAACUCAACUUUGAAGCUACUCACCAUUUUCGAUUCCAAGUCUAUUACUGCCACACCUUUGAUUUCAGCAGUUCUUGCGAGGAACAGGUCAAUGGAAGUGCACAUAUGGAAUGGAGAGAACAAGGAGAAAACUUUUAAGGUGGUUGAAUUUGUACCUGAAAACAGCACCCUUCGGAUAUAUCGUCUUAAUGUCUCGGGUGCUUGUAGAGUUGCUUGUGCUUUAGGGAUGAAUUCAACUGUGAAGUCACUCGAUCUGACAGGAGUUCGGUUGAAGUCCCGUUGGGCAAAGGAAUUCCGAUGGGUUUUGGAACAGAACGGGACCCUCAAAGAGGUAAAUUUGUCAAACACUUGCUUGAAAGACAAAGGAGUUGUUUAUGUUGCAGCUGGGCUUUUCAAGAACCACAGCUUGCAGAAGUUGUAUCUUAAAGGAAAUUGGUUUGGAGGUGUUGGUGUAGAACAUUUACUUUGCCCUUUAAGCCGAUUUUCUGCGCUGCAACAUCAAGCAAAUGUUAAUCUCAAAUCACUUACUUUUGGAGGAAAAAGAAAUAAAAUUGGUAGGGAUGGGCUUGCAGCUAUCUUGCAGAUGUUGACAAGUAACGAAAGCCUUACCAGCUUCGGAAUAUAUAAUGAUGGGAGUUUAAAACCGGAUGAUAUAGUCAGAAUCUUUAGGAAAGGUAAGGGGAAACUACCAAAGUGGCAGAUAAACUCAAGUGAAUGCAUUUAUGCAGGAAGGCACCUCCAGUGUGAUGACUCCAGUCACAUGUUUCUAACACCGGGCUUCUUUCCCCGCUUACAGGUACAUUUGCAUAACAAAGUAAUGGGGUUGAGGAAUCAAUAUGGAGCAACAUACAGCCUCGAAAAAUACGUUAUUUCAAUGAGCAUCAAUGGCAUCUAUGUCCGCGUAGAACUUGGGGGUCAAUUGGGCUACUAUGUUGAUUUGCUUGCCUGUUCCACAAAACACCUGACAGAAACUCUAAGGCUAUUCCAGCAGCUUAUAAUACCAGCAAUUCAGAGCCUUUGCCAUGGGGUCACACUGACUGAAAACAUUAUUCGACCAGAAUGUGUAAGAAAUCUAAUACCACCAAGGUACAGGAGAAACCAGUUACUGCCUCUCCAGGUAUUAAAGCAGGCAUUGCUCUCAGUGUCUGCAGACAAUAUGUAUGACUAUCAGCAUACUUGGGAUUUGGUAGCAGAUUCUGGAAGGACUAUUGUUGGAGCUGGUUUUGACUAUGCUCGGGACCUCUUAUCUGAUGAUGAUUUUCGGGAAGUCCUCCAACGCAGGUACCAUGAUCUACAUAACCUUGCUGGGGAGCUUCAAAUUCCUUUAGAUAACAGUCAAGAUGGACAGAAUCAUGCUUCUACUACCAGUGAAGAAACUGAAGGAAAAAUUGAACCAACAUUUGCUGGAAUAGCCAAGGGUGUUGAAGAAGUCUUGCAGAGACUUACAAUUAUACAGCAAGAACUUAGGGAUAUAAAGCAAGAAAUACAAGGCCUCAGAUACUACGAAUACAGGCUUCUUAUGGAGCUAAACCGCAAAGUGAACUAUCUUGUGAACUACAAUGUCCAAGUUGAAGAAAGAAAAGUGCCAAACAUGUUCUACUUUGUAAGAACGGAGAACUACUCAAGGAGAUUGAUCACCACCAUGAUUUCAGGAAUUAAUGCUCUCCGGCUGCACAUGUUAUGCGAGUAUCGGGGAGAAAUGCAUGUGGUUGAAGAUCAGAUAGGUUGUGAAGUGAUGCAGGUUGAUAACAGUGCAGUAAAAUGCCUGGCUCCAUACAUGACGAAAUUCAUGAAAUUGGUGACAUUUGCUCUCAAGAUUGGAGCUCAUUUAGCAGCUGGGAUGGGAGAAAUGAUACCAGAUUUGAGUAGAGAAGUUUCACAUCUACUCGCAUCUCCCGCUGCAUAUAGUGCUGCAGGGGUUGCUGCUGCUGGUGUUGUCGGGGUUGCAGCAGCUGGCCGUGUAGAGAGAAAUAGGGGAUCAAGGAACAUCCAACAAGAUCUUAAAGCAGCACAACAAUGGGUUGUUGAUUUCUUGAGGGAUCAAAGGUGCUCUGGUGGAAGGGACAUUGCUGAGAAGUUUGGAUUAUGGAGAGUUAGAUACCGAGACAGUGGCCAAAUUGCAUGGAUCUGUAGGAGGCAUAUAUACGCAAGAGCAAGUGAGAUAAUUGAAGUCCCACUUUGAAGUUUAGCUUUAGCCAUAGAGUUCAAAUAAGAGAAAAAUAGAGGCAAAGGUUGAGAGAUGAAGAAGAUGGAGAGUGCACGUAGACUGGCCGCUGUGGUAGUUCAACAGUUGGCACAGGUGGGUUUAUUUAUUUUGUACGUUAAUUAUGGAUAUGCCAAGUUGCUAUCUUGAUGGAAAUUCCAAUGCUGUGGUGUUUCAGCCUCAUGAAACUUUCCACCAUAUUCUGGCUGCCUCUACGUACACACUCCAAGGAGUUCGGAGUAGUUAGUCCUGUAGUAUAUCCCUCUUUGAUAUUGGUGCCGAUUUCAUAUUGUUAAAUUGGAACUGGUAAUUUUUAUAUAAAAUGGUUCCUUGAUCCCUGUUGGGAGAAA